AUGGAAUUUGAUGGCGGAGUGGUGGUUGGGACGGACUCGCGCACAAGUUCGGGGAGCUAUAUAGCGUCACGUGCAACGGAUAAAAUUACGCCAGUCACCGAUCGACUGGUUGUGUGCCGUUCAGGCUCUGCAGCCGACACUCAAGCAAUUGCUGACAUCGUCAAAUAUUAUAUUGAAGUGUACUCGAUAAUUGAAGAAGAGGAUGUGGGUGUUGAACGCUCGGCUCAGAUCUUCCGCAAUUUCUUGUAUAAAUAUCGUGAUUCGCUGUCAGCUUCAGUUCUGGUUGCUGGAUACGAUGAAUUGGAGGGGGGACAGCUUUAUGCGAUUCCACUCGGUGGUUUUGUAACCCGUCAACGAUGUACAGCGAGCGGGAGCGGCAGCACAUUUGUGCAGGGCUUCCUCGACAGUCAGUGGAAGCCUGGAAUGAGUGUCGAGAAAUGCAAAGAAGUGGUGCUGAAUGCGGUAGCACUAGCGACAGUUCGUGACGGGUCGUCCGGAGGCGUAAUCCGGCUUGCUGUCAUCGAUAAAAACGGCACUCAUAGAACGCUUGUUCGGCCGGAUGGCGCUUUGUUCCCGAAAUUUGCUGACAUUCCAGCUCAUCUGACGUAUCCAAAACAUGUGCUGCAAUGA